AUGCUAACCGCCGAUCCAAUAUUCCAUCCAGCAUCGGCUGAAGAUAUUGUAAAAUCAAUUUUUUUAUGCCUAAUAAGCAUUAUUGGUAUUUUAAGCAAUGUCACAGUUAUAAUUUUACUUUCACGGCAACAUACUUUACCAUUAGUAACCUAUUAUUUCUUCUUUAAUUUGGCCGUAGCUGAUUUACUAUCUUCAGUUAUAUGUUCACCCGUCCUUGCGGUACUACAACUAGUUCAUUAUACAUGGCCUUUUGGUGCAGCUAUGUGUAAGAUUGUGCCAUUCCUACAAACAUUAUCAAUUGGAGCAUCAUCAUUUGCUACACUAGCUAUCAGUAUUGAGCGCUGUUUAGCGGCUACGAAACCGCUCACUUAUGGCAUAACAUCUAAUGUAUGGACUAAACGUGCAAUUAUUUGUUUAAUUUGGCUAGCCGCUGUAGCUUACGCCUUACCAACUCUAUUU